ACUCUAGAUCAUUGUUUUAAAAAGAUGUCGAGUCCGCUGCUGGAGUAUGAGACGGAGAUGUUUGUGAGUGUGUUCAGCACAGACGGGCUGCUGGUCACAGCUGAGGGACUCGGUAUCGACCGCAUCCUCUUACACUUCAUGAGGGUGUAUUCAGAGGAGGGCAGUCUAGUGCUCUUAUUAAACACAACCACUCCCGAACAGGAGUAUUUUACAGAGCAGCUCCGUGCUGAAGGAGUGAGCCAUCUUCCCCAGACUGUGACCAGUGAUGUGCAGAGCGCUGACAGAUAUAAUGUAUACACUAAAGGAGGAGUUCUCUUUGUGACCAGCCGCAUCCUAGUUGUGGACUUCCUUACGGACAGAAUUCCUUCUCACCUCAUAACAGGAAUCUUGGUGUAUCGCGCACAUAAGAUCAUUGAGUCUUGUCAGGAGGCUUUCAUUCUAAGACUUUAUCGGCAGAAAAACAAGACUGGGUUCAUCAAGGCCUUUACGGACAAGGCCACAUCCUUCUCUUCUGGCUUCUGUAAAGUCGAGCGAGUCAUGAGAAACCUGUUUGUGAAGAAGCUUUUUCUUUGGCCAAGAUUCCAAGCAUCAGUAAACACAACGCUAGACAAACACAAGCCGGAUGUGGUGGAGCUGCAUGUGUCUUUGACUCCAGCGAUGAGAGCCAUUCAGAGCUCUAUUUUGGACAUCAUGAAUGCCUGCUUGAAAGAGCUGAAGCGCUACAAUCCCACUCUGGAAGCAGAAGACCUCUCUCUGGAGAACAGCCUGGGCACUUCCUUUGAGAAAACAAUUCGUCAUUACCUUGACCCACUGUGGCAUCAGCUUGGGUCCAGGACCAAGUCUCUCGUUCAGGACAUGAAGAUUUUAAGAACUCUUCUUCUCUACCUCACUCAGUAUGACUGUGUCACCUUCCUCAAUCUGCUGGAGUCUUUGAGAACCAGCCAGAAAAGCUUUGGUAGUAAUUCAGGUUGGUUAUUCCUUGACUCAAGCACAUCAAUGUUUGUAAAUGCUCACAGCCGUGUGUAUCGCAUUCAGGAGUCAAAGAAGAAACUGAAAGUUGGAGAGACUGACCAGAAACUAAGUGCACUAGCCCCUCCAAAAAAAGAGCUUGUCCUUGAGAGAAAUCCAAAGUGGGAAGCGCUAACAGAGGUGCUACAGGAGAUUGAGAAAGAAAACAGCAGCUCUGAGCGUGAACCAGGCCGUGUGUUGAUAUGUGCCAGUGAUGACCGAACAUGCGCUCAGCUGAAGGAAUAUAUCCAAAAAGGAGCAGAACACCUACUGAAUCGCCUUUACUCACGCACCAUUGGGAAAGAAGAUCCUCAUCCUGAUCUAUUGAAGCUUGACAAAGGCUGGCCCAAGAAGGACUGUGCUAAGAGCAAGGGGAAGAAUGGGCGGCUGAAAAAACCCAGAGCCAACUCAAAGAGACCAACAAAGAUCGAGAGACCAUCAAGAGUCUCUCAGAUGGGAGGGCAGGAGGCUAGAGCUGAAAAGGACCUGAUUGGGAACAGUGAAGAUGAAGGAGAACUGGUGGAGGAGGAAGAGGAAGAAGAAGAGAUUCUACUCGAUCUCUCUUCGGAUGACUACUAUGGAAUUCUUAAAGAGCCUCUGACCGUCAUUCACCCACUGAAGGGUUGCAGCGACCCCUACAGUUUGACGCGGGUGUUGCAUGAGGUUGACCCCAUGUUUGUUGUUUUGUAUGAUGCUGAACUCAGUUUUGUGCGGCAACUGGAGAUUUAUAAAGCUUGCAGGCCAGGAAAACCUCUCCGUGUGUAUUUUCUUAUAUAUGGAGGCUCGACAGAAGAACAGAGAUAUCUUACAGUCUUGAGCAAAGAAAAACAAGCAUUUGAGCACCUCAUAAGGGAAAAAGCCAGUAUGGUUGUGCCAGAAGAGAGAGAAGGUAGAGAGGACACCAAUCUAGAUCUUGUCCGCAGUCAGGAACCCGCCAGUGCCGCCACCAACACCCGCAAAGCAGGGGGUCGUGAAGAGAUUAAAGAGCCUCAUCGAAUCAUAGUUGACAUGAGAGAGUUCCGCAGUGAGCUCCCUUCCCUUCUGCAUCGACGUGGUCUCGACAUUGAACCGGUCACCUUAGAGGUCGGCGACUACAUAUUGACUUCUGAGAUCUGCGUAGAGCGCAAAAGUGUCAGUGACCUCAUUGGUUCCCUGCAGAGUGGGCGUCUCUACACACAAUGCCUCUCAAUGUCUCGAUUCUAUCGUCGCCCUGUGCUGCUUAUCGAGUUUGACCCCGCAAAGCCUUUCUCCCUUGUGGCCCGCAGUGACUUUCGUCAGGAGAUCUCUGCCAGCGACGUCACCUCCAAACUGACCCUCCUCACCCUCCAUUUCCCUCGCUUGAGGCUGCUCUGGUGCCCGUCUCCCUAUGUGACAGCAGAGCUGUUUCAGGAGCUCAAAAACGGCCGCGCAGAGCCUGACGCCGCUGCAGCUCAGGCCAUUACGGCGGAGUCGGAGACCGUGACGGAGUCAGCAGACCUGUACAAUCCCGGACCUUACGACUUCUUGCUUCGUAUGCCUGGAGUCAAUGUAAAAAAUUUCAAGAGCCUUAUAAAGCACGCUUCCUGCCUGGCUGAUCUUAUAACAUUUAGCCAGGAAAGGCUCAGUGAGAUAUUGGGUAGUAGCAGUAAUGCCAGGCAGCUUUAUGAAUUUCUGCACAAUUCCAUGAAUGUGGUGCCUGUUCAGAAGAGCAAGUAGAGAUCGUAAAAAAAAGAAAGAAAAGAAAAGUAUUUUGCGCUGUAUUCUCAGGUUUGGUAAUUGUGUCUUGUCAAAGGGUUUUUAUAUUUAUAUUUAUUUUGAAAAUGUUGUUUAAGCAAUAAAUGAAUUAUUGUAUUUCUGAAUAUUUAAAUAACUUGUAUGUUAGAUUCAAACUUUUCAAUUGUAGUUUUGUAAUUACUUGUGAUGUAGUAUGUAGUCAUACUGUAUAUUGUAGAUAACUAGACAUUUAAUUACAGUUAUUUGCUUUAUUUUGGCAUUGACUGGAGGAAAAUUUCCACAUAUUUCCACUCAUAUAAAAUGUUACAAUUUUUAAAUAAAGUAUUUCUGCAAUUAUUUCUGUGUAGUCA